AUGCCAAAGAAGAGUGAGCGGUUGAAUAAUGGGCGUCCACCACCUUACCUCGAGGAAUUUGUUACUGGAAGUUUAUCUGACGAUUCAAACGACGACAAAGACUUGGAUGUAACAAUCAAAAUGGAAGAUUCUAGGGUUACAUCACUUUUGGAAGGACUUACGAAUCAGAUUACAUUGAUGCAAGCACAGCUGAUGCAAAAUACAGAGGUACAGACAAGGAUGGAAGAGAAGAAUAAUGAACUUCAUCAGAAGCUGGAAGCUACAAAUCGACAAUUAGCUGAAGUUCAGCGAACGAUGAAAAUUGAAGUCCCUCCUACAACUCGAUCAUCAGCUAUACUGAAUAAUACAGUCCCAGUAACAUUACCUGCACAGCUUGAUACGCCUUCGCCUUCGAUAACUCCGACAAGAAAUUCUACGCACCAACAGUCAACACCUUCAUGUUCAAUUCCUAGUUUUUCUGUUUACCCAAAUAACCCUGUAUAUUGGCAACAGCAUCCAUCGUUACCUGUCAGAAAGUAUUUAGUAGCAUUACCAAAGUUUGAUGGAAAUCCUUGCGACUGGCUGGUUUUCAAUGCAGAGUAUAAAAGAACUACGACAGAGUUUGCAUAUACUUCUUCAGAAAAUACAACGAGACUAAACAGUAGUUUGCAAGGGAAAGCUCGUGAGCUUGUUCAGUGGUUAUUAAUUCACGACGACAUGGCGGAGAAGAUCAUGGAGAGAUUGUAUAGCAGGUUUGGUCGACCAGAACUUUUAGUGGACGCACAAAUUACUAUGUUGAAGAACAUUCCCGGAAUCUGUGAAAAUAAUGUGGGACAGAUUAUUCCUUUUGCUGACAAAGUGAUCAACUUUAGUCACUUUAUGUUAACUUGUUCUAGUCAACAUCAGCUUGCCAAUCCCACACUGCUUAAUGAGUUGAUCUUAAAGCUCCCAAUGAAUAUGAGAAUUGCAUGGGCCUCUCAUAUUAGUUCACUGACUGGUGUCCCGUCUAUAUUAGAUUUUAGUAACUGGAUUGAAGUUAAAGCCGACAACAUAGCCAGAGUUCCUGUGUGCAAUUCUUUGAUUUCUCCGACAGAGAAAAAGACGACACCCAAGAAAUAUCAAAUGCUUCACACUUCCAACGUUACAAGAUUGGACUUUUGUCAUUUGGGAUUAUCGAACAGAAAGAUUCAACAAACAUCAAAUGGACCUAUUGUUGCAGAAAGUCCUCUUGGUUGGAUAGUUUAUGGAAGAACAGUUGACAAUGAGAUACAAUCAAUUCCAGGAAGAAUGUUUCAUGUGAGAGGGUACUUUGACGACAUCCAUUCUAUUGUAAAAGACUAUUUUACCACUGAAAACUUUGGUGUUGAACUAUCAACAACACCAAGAGAGUCUUCUGAAACGGUUCGAGCGCGUCAACUGUUGGAAUCAACAACAAAAAAGGUCAAAGGUCGUUAUGAAAGUGGUCUAUUAUGGAAAAACGAUGACAUAGUUUUACCAGAUAGUUACCCAAUGGCAGUCAGUCGAUUGAGAAAUGUUGAAAACAAGAUGAAAAAAGAACCUGUUUACGGUAUGAAGUACAAGGAAACUAUUGUCAGCUACGUGCAGAAAGGAUAUGUUCGUAAAUUGUCAUCUGAAGAGGUUGUUGAAAUUACUCCACGGACUUGGUAUUUACCACAUUUCGGUGUACUGAAUCCAAAUAAGCCUGGAAAAUUCAGACUUGUAUUUGAUGCCGCGGCUAAAGUUGGAGAAACAUCCCUUAAUUCAUCAUUGUUGACAGGUCCAGAUCUAAAUCAGCCACUCCUCACGGUUUUAUCUAAAUUUCGUGAAGGUCAAGUUGGGGUAUGUGCUGACAUCAAGGAGAUGUUUCACCAGGUGAUAAUUCGUGAAGAAGACCAAAACUCUCAACGAUUUUUAUGGAGAAAUGAUAAAACUGGCGAAAUUGAGGUAUAUAAGAUGUUAGUUAUGAUAUUUGGAUCCACAUCUUCACCGACAACAGCUCAAUAUGUCAAAAACUUUCAUGCAACACAGUAUCUAGAAAGUCAUCACGAAGCGGCCAAAGCAAUUAUUGAACGACAUUACGUUGACGAUUACGUUAAUAGCUUUCACACCGAUGAACAGGCAAUAACUGUAUCCAUGAUGGUUAAAAAUAUUGAGAUGGCUGGUGGUUUUGAAUUACGAGGUUUUAUAUCAAAUUCAAGAAAGGUUACUUCGAUCUUGAAUCAGGAACAAGGUGAUCAACUAUAUCAAGUGGAUAUGAACUUGGACAAAUCCCCUACAUGUGAUAAGAUACUGGGCAUGGUAUGGGACACAUCCACUGACGAGUUCAAAUUCAACUUGAAGUUUAAUCGUUUAGAAUCGACAGUAAUCACUUGUGAAAGAAUUCCAACAAAGAGAGAAUUUUUAGCGAUUGUCAUGUCAGUAUAUGAUCCGUUCGGAUUCUUAGCGGAUUUUCUUGUAUACAUGAAGGUACUCUUGCAACUUGUAUGGAGGUCUGGUGUAGAAUGGGAUCAACCAAUACCUACACAUCUUUACGAGCGAUGGUGUGCAUGGAGUCGAGAAUUAACAAAGGUUAGUCAAUUUCGUAUUACACGUUGUUACUCAAAGGGACUGCGGAUGCCAAAAGCUGUUGAACUUCACAUAUUUGUAGACGCGAGUGAAGUCGCUUUUUCAGCAGUGUGCUACCUUCGAGUUACUUCGCAAAAUGAAGUUACAGUAUCAUUCGUCAUGGGGAAAACUAAAUGCGCACUUGUCAAAUACCUUUCCAUCCCAAGGCUCGAAUUGCAGGCAGCAAUUCUUGGAGUUAGAAUGUAUAAAACUGUUUUGAGAUCUCACAGUUUUGUUAUUUCAAAAUCGACAUUUUGGAGCGAUUCGAAAACUGUACUUCAUUGGAUCAAGGAUGACAUAAGAAAAUACAAGACAUUCGUUGCUAAUAGAGUGGGUGAAAUUUUGGAUUCAACAGAACCCACUCAAUGGAACUGGGUUUCAACACAUGAAAAUGCUGCUGAUGAUGCGACACGUGACAUUUAUCCACCUCAGUUCAAACCUAAUCGAAGGUGGAUAAACGGACCAGAAUGGUUGAAGCAAGACAAAAGUAAAUGGCCUCAUCAAACAGAUUGUCAUGUAGUAAAUGAUGAAGACCUAGAACUACAACCACCAAAACAUGUAGUUAUGAUGAUUCGUGAAAAUAUGAUUCAAUUUAACUUUGCAAAUAGCUCGAGUUAUUUCAAAGUUUUACGUACAGCUGCUUGGAUGAUACGUUUUGUAAAGAAUUUAAAAGCUAAAGCUUCCAACAUGAAUUUGCAUACAGGUGAACUAAAAGUUGAGGAAGUAAGACAGGCUGAAAUUUUGAUAUUCCGAACUGUACAGAUGGAAACUUUUCACGAAGAAUACGAUUCACUGACUAAUCGUGUUCCUAUCAGCAAAUCAAGCGAUAUAUAUAAGUUGACACCAGCUUUGGAUGAAGAUGGGAUUAUUAGAUUAAAUGGACGAAUUGACAACGCUCCUACAUUACCAAUGAGGACCAAGCGACCUAUAAUUUUACCAAAACAACAUCCAGUCACAAAACUUGUCAUCAGUCAUUAUCAUCGUUUAUAUCACCAUCAAAACGAAGAAUUGAUCAUUUGUGAAAUUCGGCGAAAAUUUUGGAUUAACGAUUUACGUGUUUUAGUAAGGUCAUCUAAACGCCAAUGUCAGCAAUGUAAAAAUGAAGCAGCUCAGCCAGAGGUGCCACAAAUGGGACAGUUACCACUAGAUCGCCUAACUCCAAACAUUUGA